AUGUUGUCUCGCUUCAGGCCAUGGCACGGGCUACCGAACCUGCGUCCUAGGUUGCUGGUUGCACUGGGAUCCUAUAGCCUUGUUCCAGCAGUCCUUAUUCUGCUCGACGAGCCCACCUCCAACAGCCACCCCAUCGAUGAUCUGGUACUCGAUGCAGGCCGAACCCAUGAUCUCUUGCUUACUCAGAGAUCCACAAAGAUUGGAGAUGCUGCUGCCAAAUAUCGUACUCGAAGGGGCAGACACCCCCCGCCUGGGUUCGACAAAUGGUUUGAGUAUGCGAUGAGGCACAAUGCAAUCGUCGUUGAACAGUUCUUUGACCGCAUCGAACACGACAUCCGACCAUUCUGGGCCACAGAAGCAAGACUUACAGCGUACCAAGCGUCAACUUGGGACAAUCUCGUGAGAGUCCGCGAUGGGAAGGCAUACAGUGUUGGUGAUGGGGAGGACCGUGUGCCGUGGCUGGGGUUGUGGGCCUCUCUCAUCGCGGAAGCGGCCGAAUUUUUGCCAGAUGUAGAUAUGCCGAUCAAUUAUAUGGACGAGACGAGAGUUUUGGUAAAGUGGGAGGAGAUCAACGAGCUGGUGAAAGCCUCAGAGCUGAACAAGAAAAUUACGCCGCCUACCGAGACGAUUCAGGACUUCAAGGGUUUGGACGACCUAGACAUCUGGUCAGCGUAUGCAAGCAACCCAGAAUGGAUCACAAAAGGAGCGCCCAAAUACUGGAAUCUGACCAGGUUAGCUUGCGCACCGGAAUCUCCUGCAAGAAACACACCUGCACUAGAGGAUUACUCCCAGCGGCCUAUAUUUCCUAGCGAUUGGAACCCUUCCUAUUCCCAGAAUGGAUUCGUGAAGAAUUUUACUGCAGCCUCAGAUCCUUGCCUCCAACCUCACCUUCGAGGCUUACACGGGACUUUCGUCGAACAAAUCACAAUGUCUACGACUCAGUCGCUCAUUCCACUCUUCAGCGGUUGCAAACUGCCUAUGAACAACGCGAUUCUGAUCCCUGGCGCCAUGUACUUGACUGAUGAUGCUCGUUACUCUGGAGGCAACAGCCAUGGCUCGCCCUGGAUCCUGAAGAAAGACGGUAUUGUUUGGCGUGGUGUCGCUUCCGGCGGGCGCCAUAAGAAGGAGAACUGGACACACUUCCAACGUCUUCGAUUGGUCCAAAUGCUCAAUGGCACUACUGUGUCUGGUGUCGAGCAACGUCGAGCCAAUGCUUCAACCUUCGAGAUGCCGUCGACGCCCUACAACAUCUCGAUUGAUCACGAGGGCCAUAUUGGUGAAUGGUUAAGAGGCAUAUCAGACGUUGGGUUCGUGGAUUUGUUAUGCUUUCCCCGCGACGACUGCAGCUAUUUAACACCAUACUUCAGCCAAGUCGAUGUAAUUCCCAUGGAGGAACAGUUCAAGCAAAAGUACAUUCCAGAUAUCGAUGGAAACAGCUUCAGUGCUCGGUUCAGAAGUCUUCUCUUGUCUACGUCGCUACCCCUCAAGAGCACUAUAUAUGCGGAGUGGCAUGAUGAUCGCCUGUUGCCGUGGUUGCACUUCGUGCCACUGGACAAUACAUUGCAGGAUCUGUACGCCGUGCUCAACUAUUUUACGAAAGAUAAGAAAGGCGAUACUGCGGCACAAUAUAUCGCGGAGUCAGGGAAAGCUUGGAGCGAAAGAGUUUUGAGACACGAAGAUAUGUUGCUAUACGUUUGGAGAUUGCUUCUUGAGUUUGCGCGGGUCUGCGACGAGAAUCGAGAACGGCUGGGCUUCGUGGAAGACCUGACUUGA